AUGGAUUUCUUGUUAACGCUUAAUUCGAGCUGUUUUUAUUUACUUGGAAUAAACGCAUUUUGUGAUUUGAUUGUUGCUUCCACAGGCAUAAUUGCUGCAUUUGUUUAUGCAAUUUAUGGAAAAUUUAAAUUAACAAGAAAUGGAUGUUUUUGGUUUAAUAUUGCUCCGCUUACUGCUUUUCAUAUGUCCUUUGUUUUUGUAUUUUUUAUUGGGUUUGAUCGUUUACUUGCUGUGUUUUUCCCUAUUUGGUAUUUUUAUUUCAAUCAUUUUAUUAAUAGUAACAAUAAAACCCCCUAUUAA